AGCUCAACAGAGCUUGGAGCUAGGACUUCAGACCUCACAUCCUUUAGAAACACCUAGAACCAACAACCAUGCUGAUUUGAACAAAAACUCUGUAGGCAUGGAUUGUAUAUCACCUGAGCAGCUUGCCAGAAUGCUGGACCACUUGACCAAGUCACAGAAGGAUAAGAUGUGUCAAAUCAUGCUGGAGAAGGACAAGCAGACCAGACAGCAAGCAAUGAAAAAGACUCAGUUGUACACAGACUUGUGCACAGAUUUGGUCCAUUUCCUGAGUUCUUCUGCUGACACAUCUUUGUCGGAUACUUACUUUGGCUCAAAAAUCCUUCUAACUGCCCCCACAGGUAAAGCUGCUAAGUUGCUUGGACACAAAGCCAAAAUGGAAUCAUACACACUUCACCAUGUCAUCUUUAGCUACAGAGCCUUUGUCAAGGCACAGAAGGAAAAGGUGAAACAAGAGGAACCUUGGAAGUAUACAAAGACAGGUUCUAGUAGUGGACGAGUGCAGCCUGGUCUGUUUACGGCUGUUUGCAACACUGUUAAACAUCUUGAUUGAAAACAGCUCACUGCAAAAGGUCAUCCUCUUAGGAGACAUCCGCCAGUUGCCAUCAAUAGAAGCAGGUAAUUUCUUGACAGAUGUCUUUUCCUUCUUUCGAGAACGUGGCCUUGGCAUUGAACUCAAGACAAAUCAUCGAGCAGAGUCGGACCUUAUUGUUCGCAAUGCCACUCGCAUCUCCAAUCAGAGGCUUCCUUACUGUGAUCCAAGUCAACAUUUCCAUCUAAUUGCUCUGCCAGAGAGCUCAGGAAGAAAUGAAGAAAUUUCGCAAUUGCUUCAAAGUCAAUCUGAAUUGAAGGCACAUGAGACAUCACAGUUUGUGGCAUUCCGAAGGUCCGACUGUCUGGCAAUCAAUGAAUUGUGCUGCUGGCAUUACAACCAGCACUCCAUAGAGCUUCCACCAAAACCAAACAGCCUACAGCGUCGCCGUUAUUUCGACUUUCGUGUUGGGGACAAGAUCUGCUUUCGCAAAAAUGGCAUGGUUCGUAAUUUUGGAAAGAGGCUGAUGGAGCUGCUUCGUACAGAGUUUGGAGAUGUUUUCACAGAUAAGUCACAGUCCACAUUAUCUGUCAAGGGCCCAGAGCUGGAGUCAUCUUAUGCAACUGAUCAGUUGUUUGCACAUCAAGACAAUCUUAAAAAGGGAUCUUUGGGUAACAAGAUCCAGGACUAUAUGGUGAAGGCAGAAAAGAUGUCUGAGAGCUCCAAAAAAGAAACUUCAGCUUUUGAGAGAUCUUCACAUGAUCUGGCCAGCUUAACAGCAGAAACUUGUGCCAUUCAAGCAACGUCAAGUGAAAUAAAAAUGGAGAAAGGUUCUCAUGGCUGGGAUAACAGUUUCUCAGAUUCAGGCAACCAUUCUGGUGAAAAAGCAAUGAGAGAUGUUUCGGAAGCUGGUGAUAGUAAUUUCUCUAAUUCAGACCACCCUGCCGGUGAUGCAAACUUUGAAAGCCUUUCAGAAGACUGGGAGGACAGUCUGUCCGAUAUGGAAUAUUUUUUCUGUGAAACAAACACAGCAGACAAAUCUGAAGACUGGGACAGCAGUCUGUCUGAUUCAGAUUGUCUUGCUAGUGAAUUCAACUUGGAAGGUAUUUCAGAAGAUUGGGAGGAUAUUCUUUCUGAUGAGAACUGUCAUACUAGUGACACAAACUUGAGAGUGACAUCAGAAGACCAAGAGGAAUUUCCUGCCAAUGUAGGCCAUCUUGCUAGUGAAAUGAACUUGGAAGGUAUUUCAGAAGAUUGGGAAGAUAUUCCUAGUGAAACGAACAUGGGAAAUAUGUCAGAAGUGCUAGGGAGCAGUUUUGCUGGCACUUCACUGCAGCAGAGUCAGAAUAUUGCUCAAUUAGGACCAAGCUGCAGUACCAGCCCUGACUCUCUUGAACCUUGUCACAGUGAGGAUGUAAAGAAAAAAGAAAAGCCAUCAAAUGAAACAAUUUGGCUUUGCAAUGGCGAGGUCUUCUUUAUAAUGCAUGAGACCACAGAAAUCGACAUGAACGGGAAGGAGUGGAGGUACGUAAUGCUGUCUGACAGAGACCCCGCCUGCCCUAGGGUGUACUGCUGCUCCUUCAGUGAGCUCAAACGGACAUGUAAACUUCAGCAUUCUUGGGCCAGAACUAUACACACUUACCAGGGAUCUGAAUCUGAUGUCGUCAUCUACUACGUGGGGAAUGCUUCUGGACAGACUUGUAAGCAUGUUUACACAGCCGUGACCCGUGGCCGCAGGGCAGUCUUUAUGGUGGGCAAGCUGUCUGAACUUGAGAAGGCUAUUUUUACUCGAGAUUUUCCUCGUCGCUCACGUUUGUCUCGUCGGCUGUACAAUGAACUCAAGGAUUUUGAUAUGCAGAACUUGCAUGGAAGAAUGAGGCAGACAAACAAGCAGGCCAAGGCAGCAUUAGAACACUUGCCACACACAUGUACUUCCACCUGCGAAGUUGCUUCAGGUGCAACGAACGAUAUUGAAACUAGCCCAGAAGCCACUUUUUCAGACUGUGAUGAUAGCUGGGUUCAGAAUCUGUCUGCCCAUGUGGCUGAUGGCAAUAUUGCAGCCUUAGCAGCUGAUGUUGCAGUUGGUGCAUCAUGCAUAGAAGACAGACCUGAUAAGACUGGAGUUAGCAUCCCAGCCAUGCAAACCUCAAGCAACACACAAGAUCACCCUUUGCGGACUCCACCAGGAGGGAGCAGAUGUGAGUCUCCUACAGUCUAUACCACCCCAGGAAAAAGGCCAAUCAGAGUGGAGGAGCUUGUCUCCCCUAAACGACUUUGUGGCUCAAAUUCUGUUGACAGCAUUGUGAGCCCUUUGCGAAGGAAACUUAACAUCUGAGUCUCUUCUUUUCUUAAGUCUGACCUAAUGUGCUUUUUUUUUUCCCACUUACCCAUUCAUAAGUUGUUUGAAUACAUAUUUCCCACUGUGCCACAACUGUUGGCUUGCUGAUUGGACGGCACUUCAAUAGCAUAUGCUCAUAUUUGUUACAGCCUUCAUUAUUGUCAAUGAUAGCACUUUAUUUUUUAACUUGCUAGAAACUUUUGAGUGUAAUGAACUUCGCUUUCCCCACAUUCUUGCCAGACAACUCUGCUGUUUGUCUGAUGACCAUACGUUCACUAUCCUUGUCACCAAAACAACCACAUAUGGUCACCAGAUUUUUAGCUACUGUGCUGUAAAACAGUUGAACUCUCUUCCCUUGUAUACCGCCAUCUACCCACUACCAACUCCUAAAAACACAUCUGUUCCAAGGGCAUUACUCCUUACACCAAUCAACAUAUUUGUUCGUCAACGGUUAGCGCCUGUCACCAAUGCAGUGAGGGUUUGGCUGUCCUGGGUUCAACUCUCAUCUCGGGCAUGCUGUUCUUUCUCUGUAUGUGGCAUCUGUUACAGGGCUGGCUGCCUUGGUGUGAAAAGCCUUAGCUGCUGGCUCAGCCUAAAACACCAAUUCCCCCAACCCCUUCCUCUGCAUUUAUGGUGUCCUCCGUUCUGUGUGUUGCCUGAUGUUUAUGUUUUAUUGUCUGCACAGUUGUUUCUCCUUCCAUCCUUUGUAUGCUGUCAUGUCUCCUACUUGCCUUAAGCGCUCCUUCGGGAGCAUCAUUAUGCACUAUAUAAAUCACACAUUUAUUAUUAUUAUCAAGAAAGGGUGCUGGAGCAUCCUCACAUUUAACAUCACCGCCUGAUACGGUCAUCUUGUCAAAGACAAGGCAAGGCUGGCCAGAUUUAUCCACCAGGCAAAUAAAAUUAUUGGUAUGCCACAGCUGCCACUUUCUGACUUGUACCUUCACCUCAGACCAAAUACUCCCUCUCCAUCCCAAAUUUCAGCAGUUGCCCUCGGCCAGGCGCUACUAAGCUCCAUGUGUGCAUAAAACUGACUACCAGAGGUCCUUUGUGCCAGCGGCCAUCACCAUCCUGAAUAAAAGGCACAAGCACUCGUAGGGCUGCCAUAUUACCUGUCGUCCUCCUUAGGAGGUUCAUAUGUAUGAGGUGUAGGUUUGCAUGUUUGUUGAAUGUCUUUUAUGGGUAUGUCUGCCCAUUAUGUUAUAUAUAUAUGCAUGCUCAUAUUAUGUUUACAUAUGUGGUUGGGUUUAUGAGCAAAAGAAAAAUUUCUGUCUUGGACAAUGUUUGAUUUGAUUUUAAAGCUGAGUGCUUUUCACUGCAUAUGCUGCAGCCUUACAUCACUGCCCUAAAUUUAUUGCAAUAAGUUGUGUUCAUUGGGCCUUUAGUCUCCACAUCGAUAUUAAUGUGGUGAUGCCUGCAAAGUAUCGCAAGUUAUUUUUAUCAAGUUUGGCACAGCUAGAAAUGGAAGCCUGACAGGUGAGGGUAGCUGGCAGAUCUCAAACCCCUAAUGAACAAACUCAAGGUCUAUCUACCCUAGUGUGCAAAAAACUGGAGCCAGCAGAAUGCAUGAUAGCCACUGACCCUAAUGUAUAUAAGGAUGGCUAGUGCAGUGCUGAGUGCAUAAAGGGCAUGGUAAGAGACACUAUCUGACCUGUCUCCAGCCAUCUUGUCUUGCCACUGGACCCAUUAGGCCAGGAUGAAUGAGACUGUUGCACACCUCUCCCUAUGAUACAAGUCCAGCACAAGUCAUGACUUGUCCAAGUGCAACAAGCCUUGUGACAAUGGAAAAGGUGAACCAGCCAGUACAGAUACACUCAAACUGCAGUCACAAAUCUGCACACAGGGCGCUGAAGGCUAAGAGUCACUCUCUGCUAGAUGGGAGCAGGAGUAGAGCCCCUUAGCAGCCCUGUUUUUUAUCAAUCAAAGGGGUUAGAAGUGCUCUGAACAACGCCUGCUUCCUUCACCCUAGCCGGCAUUCCACAGCUGGUGGUGUUGGAUUUGAUUUGAUUUUUUUGUUGUUGCUGAAAAUGUAUUUUCAUUGGCCAGCGUAAAUAUUAGCUAACUUAAAAAUUCAAAUUUGUUGCUGUCAGCUACUAUGAAUUCAAUUUCAUUUUUGACUUUUAGAAUUAACAUAUAACUUCUUAAUGAAAGGCAAAAUCAUGUUGCUGAUCUCUCUCUCUCUGUGCAUGGUGAUGUUUGUAGGCGCAUAUCUGGAUAACAAAAGAUGGGGUGUUCAGCCUUUGGAGAAAUAAUAUUUUUCACUAAGUUUACUUUAUGAGAAAAAAAAUUCUCACCCCACUAAUCCUUUAAAAUUUUUAAGAAACUGUUCUACCAUACUUAAAGUUUCUGUGGACCAGGAGUGUUAAAAUUAUUGCUACAGUAUUAAUUGGAACUGCUUUAAUCAAGUGGAGUUUGUCAUAAUUCAUGUUUAAAAUUCCUGACGACAGCUAUGCUGGAGCAUCAUGCCUAACCCUGCUUCUACCCUGUAAACAAACUGCUUGCUCAGCAGGCAUCUAAACCUAUUUCUUGGCCUCCUUAAAGGUAUUGUAAAGACAAAAUAAAACUGCUUAGAAUCUGGUAAAGAGUAAGA